AAAAAUUGUGGCGAUGUCAAUCAUGAGUGAGCUGGACAUGCUCCUGCUCGAGGAGGAGGAGGAUGGCGACUUUUUCCUGCGGCCAGUGCAGCACGUCGCGUCAUCUGCCGAGGCCAGCGACCGCAACAGCGCCGAGACAGUUGGCGAUAACCUCGAUGCGCGUCUUUUUCAAAUGGGCCUUCCACGCAUGAGCCUCGGCAAUCUUGGUAUUGCAGCCGAGCUUCAGAAUCAGCUUGCGGCCACUGUCAACCUUAUUUUAGACCGCCUCCAUGAGCGCAAGAGUGUGCGCCACGAUCUGGAAGACAAUCUCUCGCGGGCCCGCGAUGACGUGUCACAGCUGGAGCUGGAACGGCAACAAGCCCGCGCAAGAAUUGAGCAGCUGGAACGAGAAGCAGCCAAGCAAACAGAGGAGAUGCGUCAAUUGAAGCUUAAACUUCAGCGCGCGCAACAAGCAAGCAAAGAGGCCGAGGAAACUGCACGCCGUGCGCAGGCCAAUGCCACACAAAAGAUAACACAAUUUGAGCACAUUCGCCGACGGUCAGAGCAGGAACAUGAUGCCCUGAAGAGCAAAUAUGACCAAAUGCUGCGUCAACGAGGUUCAUCCAAUGCGUUUGAGACGCUCACGGAACUCAACCGAAUCGAAUCAUCAGGCCGUGGCAAAUGGACCAAGCCUCAAGAUGGUCACCAGACGCUCAAAUCUGUCUUACACGAGCAGCUGUCUGAGCGAAUUCAGCAACUGGGCUCCGAAAAUGAUGUUCUCCGUGACACAUUGGCUUCCCUGGAGACAGACUUGGUUGACAUGAUGAAAAACGCUUUGAGCAUCAUGUCGGCUGACACCGGAGAUAAUCUGGACGAAUCUGAAUACCUGAACGAUGGACACUUUCAGCUCCCAGUCGCGAUGACACAAGAUCGCAUUUCCCUGUCAAUUCGAAACAAGAUGGCACGCCUCAAGCAACACGUUGACGGGCUACAUUUGACAUCCAACCCAGCACAAUUACAACAGGAAGUUGAAGAGCUUCGGGCUGUUGUUGAGCAACAGCAAGCCUUGCUUCUCAAUUCAUCGGACCACAGGUACGAAGAAAAGAGUUUUCUUCAGCCCACCCCGCAAAAGGACCGUCGAGCCGCAACCGAUUUUCAGGAUCAAGAACAACGCUUGCGACGUGACAGGGAAGCGCUGGAUGCGCUCGCUGCUCGGCUUGGCAAAGAGUCGGACGCGAUUCGCGCUGAGCGCCUUCAGUUGGAAAAGGAACGCCAUUUGACAUCCAGCUGGCUUCAUGGCGAUGCGUAAAUUUAACGACAAAUUGUUAAAAAAAAUUGAUAAUAAA